AGUGAGUUUGGUUGGCGAUCUCGUAUCAUUUCGCAGCUCCAUGUGCUCCUCGUCCGGCAAUCCAAGUCCACGCUUGUGGUUUCGCUGACCUUGGUGAGCAGAGCGUGGGGGUGAGGGAUCGGAGAGGCUAGGGUUUCGGUGAGGAUGGCGGGGUGGUGCGCCUCCCGUGAGGGAUCGGGCGGGAAGCCGCUAUUGAUGUCCAUCUACGUGGCCGUUUUGGCGGGGGCCGUCUUCUCCGCGAUCGUCAUCUUCUCUAACUUGAACUCUGGCGUGAAGUUCUCCUUCCCUGUCGCUGGCUACACACACUCCCCAUCUCCUCCGUCUUCUCUUCUCCAUGUUGGCGAGAUAUCCCAGAAUGGAAGUUCAGCCUCUGAACCAACUCCCCAUACCACUACAAAUCAUUCUUCUCAUGCAGCACAAAAACCUCAAAACAUAUUAACAAAAGCUAUAUGGGAAGUUCCGGUUGACAAGAAGAUGCCAGAUCCAAAGGUCUUUCAGCUAACAAAGGAGAUGGUUGAGUACCGUGCAAAAGAUAAUGUCAUCAUCAUUACUUUUGGGAACUUUGCAUUCAUGGACUUUAUCUUAAACUGGGUUAGACACUUGACAGAACUCAAUGUCUUUAACCUUCUUGUUGGAGCAAUGGACUCCAAACUUUUGGAGGCCCUUUAUUGGAAAGGAGUUCCUGUCUUUGACAUGGGCAGUAAUAUGAAUACAAUGGAUGUUGGCUGGGGAUCACCUACAUUUCAUAAGAUGGGGAGAGAAAAAGUUCUUCUGAUAAAUGCCCUGCUUCCCUUUGGCUAUGAGCUGCUUAUGUGCGAUACAGACAUGGUUUGGCUAAAGAAUCCACUUCCCUAUCUUGCUCGUUUUCCUGAAGCAGAUGUUCUGACAUCAAGUGAUCAAGUGGUACCAACAGUUACCGAUGACAGUUUAGAUUUGUGGCAGCAAGUCAGUGGUGCUUACAAUAUUGGGAUUUUUCAUUGGCGCCCCACUGAAACUUCUAAAAAACUGGCUAAAGAGUGGAAGGAGGUGCUCUUAGCUGAUGAAAAAAUAUGGGACCAACAUGUCUUUAAUGAACUUGUGCAUAGAGUUUUAGGCCCAUCUGUUGAAGGGGGAAAAGGACUUGUAUAUGCUUAUGAUGGGAGACUCAAACUGGGCAUUUUGCCGGCAAGUAUAUUCUGCAGUGGUCACACAUAUUUUGUCCAGGCCAUGUAUGCACAACUUAGUCUGGAGCCAUAUGCAGUGCAUACCACCUUUCAAUAUGCUGGUACUGAGGGAAAACGACAUAGAUUACGAGAAGCCAUGGCUUUUUAUGAUCCACCAGAAUAUUAUGAUUCACCAGGGGGGUUCCUGUCAUUCAAGCCAAGAAUUCCCAAGAGCUUGUUGCUGGAUGGUGCACAUACACUCGAAUCUCACUUUUCUUUAGUCAACUACCAGUUGAAGAAUAUAAGGACUGCACUUGCUAUUGCUUCGCUGUUGAACCGGACGCUGGUAAUGCCUCCAAUAUGGUGCAGGUUUGAUAGAAUGUGGUUUGGACAUCCUGGAAUUAUGGAAGGGACGAUAACUAGGCAGCCUUUCCUCUGCCCUAUGGACCAUGUUUUUGAAGUACAUGUCAUGCUGAAGGAACUUCCUGAAGAUGAAUUUGGCCCAGAAAUUGAUUUUAGAGAGUACUCCUUUUUUAAUAACCCAUUAGUGUCCAGCCAGGUUAAGGAGUCGGUGCUUGAAGUUCAACUGUGUGAUGGACAAUCAGUAAAAUGCAACAUGGACAAUGAAACCACUCAACCUGGUGUAAUUACUUUUCCUAAACAAAGCAAGCAAGAAAAGUUACUACAAGUGUUCUCCUCAUACAAGGAUGUCAAAGUCAUACAAUUUUCAUCAAUGGAGGAUGCUUUUGCGGGAUUUACCGACAAGGAAAAAGAGGAGAAGUUUAGAAAUCGCGUGAAGAGAUACGUCGGAAUAUGGUGUUGUGUGCUGUCCCGUGACCCGGGUCACAUAUAUUAUGACAUGUUCUGGGACGAGAAACCUGGGUGGAAGCCGGAGCCACCGAAAAGCAGGGAAGAAGAUCAUCCACCUUGGUAGCUGAAUUAGUUCAUUUUACCUCAAUUUCUCAGGUGUGAAAUUUUAAUUUUUACACCUUGCCUGAAUCUCUAACCUUUGUGCCACCAUGUAUUAUUGUUCAUUCUACAUUGUGCGCUUGAGAUAGAUUAUGUUUAUCUUGCGUUGAAUUUGAGUUAAUCUCAUAUCAUAGAACCAUGUAUACUAUUUUUUUUUUAAUCAAAGAAACGCAGCGGAGCAUAUGAGUUUUCAUUACA